CCUGUAAUAGAACGUAGAGGAAAGCGAGGAGGUAUCACGGCAUGUUUAAAAGAGCAACUCAGGGAUAAUGUUCUCAUAUCUAUAGAGAACUUCAGAGAGACAACAUCACGCCGUGGCUUCAUCCAUGGAAUUUGAAGUGUUCCUCGUGUUUUUCCUGUGUAGCUGUUUGAAUGGUGACCAGGGUGGUUCUCGGAUAAGGCAGAAAAGAGGAAUCAUUGAAUUAGCUGGAGCAAUUAAGUGUGGAACUGGCAGAUCGUCUCUGUUGUAUCUUGGAUAUGGAUGUUAUUGUGGUAUAGGAGGACAAGGAACACCAAAAGACAAGACAGACUGGUGCUGCUACAAGCACGAUUGUUGCUAUGGAAAUGCAGAACAUUUUGGGUGCUAUCCUAAGAGCCAUACAUAUAACUGGCAAUGCAUCAGUCGUUACAUAAAAUGCGAUUACACAAGGGAUUUCUGCCAAAAAAUGCUUUGCAAAUGUGACAAAGAGUUAUCAAAAUGCCUUCAGAAAGCACCUUACAACGCAAGGUACGCUCUGUAUCCAAAUUUUUUAUGUGGGAGAGAAGACCCAAAAUGCAAGUAUUAUAAAGAGCGAUAAAUGUGGAAAAGAAGUCUUUUACACAGAAAUCUGUAACAUUUCCAAAAACCUCCACCUGAAGAGAACAAAUAUGUGGAUCAAUACUCGCAAAUGCUGUAGGUGGAGGAACUCUCAUUAAUAGCUGCGGUCUGGUUUGGAGACACUUUAAAAGAGAAUAUGAGUACCUAUAGAGAUAAAGAACACCAGCAAAAUAAGAUUUGCAACUGUUUUAAGUUUUGUUUUUCUUUUUUUACUGUUUACUCCAUUGACUUUGCUGCAGUCUGGAAGUUAAUUAUGCAAAUUACAUUAAUCAAGUAAUUAAGGGUCACCUGUCAGCAGAUUUGUACCUAUGAUACUGACUGACCUGUUGCAUGCAUGUGACAGGUGAAGGCAUCUGUGUAGGUCCCAUGUUCACAUGUGCCCACAUUGCUGAUAAAAAUGAUGUUUUAAUAUAUGCAAAUGAGCCUCUAGGAGCAACAGGGGAUGUGUGGUUACUCCUAGAAGCUCUGUUCUCUCUGCACUUUGCUAGGGCAAGGUGGUAUGAGGUUUUCACUGCCUGGCUUGCGCAUUGCGCUUCCCAUUCAUUUUGAUGGGACUUCUGAAAAUAGCAGAGUGCGCCGCUCUGCUAUUUUCAGCACUCCCAUAUCAAUAGAGCGUGGCCGUGCGUGCACAGUGCACCCUCUGGCGCUU